UAGGGUUUGUUUUCCUCCGCAGACAAAAGGAAAGAGGCGAAAAACCUUGAAGCAGCAACAAUGGUGGAGAAGGUCAACAAGCCAAGGAAAGAGGAGGUUGUCUCCAGAGAAUACACCAUCAAUUUGCACAAACGUCUCCACGGAUGUACCUUCAAGAAGAAGGCACCGAAUGCCAUCAAGGAGAUCCGGAAGUUUACCCAGAAGGCAAUGGGAACUAAUGAUGUAAGGGUAGAUGUCAAGUUGAACAAGCACAUAUGGAGCCGUGGAAUCCGGAGUGUGCCAAGAAGGAUCCGUGUUCGCAUUGCACGCAAGAGAAAUGAUGAUGAAGAUGCAAAGGAAGAGCUCUACUCAUUGGUCACUGUUGCAGAAAUUCCAGAAGGAGGGUUGAAGGGAUUGGGAACCCAAGUCAUUGAUGAAGAAGAGUGAAAAUUCAAAUUUUCUUUUGAUAGGUUUCAAUUUACUAAAGUUAUGCACAUGAGGUCCCUUGUGUUGGAAAUUCGUAACAAAGGAUGUUAAUCAAUUAGAUAAUGCAUUUUCAUUGUUUUUGUCUUGUUUUCUCAUAUGUGUAUUGUGUAAUUUGGAUGUGUUCAUUUCAUACAGGGAUUGAAUUGCUAUCGUAGUGACUUGCUACCAAGUUUAAUCUUA